AUUUUUUUCAUCAAGUACAGCAAGUUGAAACAGCAGCAACUUAUAACUGCUGCCAGUUGUGACUGCGGCAAGAAAUGAUUGCGGGAACUUGUUGCAGUGGCAACUUGUUACUGCAGUCACUUCAAGCUGCGGCCACUUGCAGCAGCAGCAAGUUAGGGUGCAGUGACUUGAGGUGCGGCAAGUUCAACUGCGGCAAAUUUCACCCGCAUCGCGGAAAACAGAGUCUCAGAAUAAGUUACAACGUCCACAGUUCGGGACAUGCUGUACAACACACCGCAGAAAAACAUCAAUUAUGAAAAACAAAGUUUCGGAAAAAUUCCUUCCAGCAGAAAAUUCUCAACCUCAUGAACUGAAUUUCAUUAUACAACUUUUUCAAGCGAUCGAAAAACGUCGAAAGCUAUCCCAACAACCUUCUCAAAGAUAAAAUCAAAAUAAUAAAAAUCGAGGGUAGAAUGGCAAGCUCAGCAAAAGAAAUCGAGGAACACCUUUGAAGCAACGGUUUUUUCCCUCGUAUAUUACAAGUAAAAAAAAAACAAAAAAAAUCACGAUUGAUUCCGUCAGGCGCAAGAACACAGUCGAAUGCACCAUUCCCCCUCAGUAUUCUUCUUUGUUCUGUUUCCCCUCGAUCACGAAAGCCUCAGUAUUCCGUCAGUGCCAACGAAGAAACUCCGGGAAAAAAUUUAAGACAAGUGCUUCACCUCCGCGAAAGAUAUUCGAAAGUGUCACUAUAAAACACGCAGAUUUUUGCCAGAAAAUGGAUCUAGUGACAAUAAAUAAUCAUAGGAAAAAAAAGAGCAACUUGUUCAGUCCAGAUUUGGCACAGACUUUCGUGAUCAUAGUCGCAUGCGCCGGCGUUGUAUUGAUCAUAUACUCCAACACCGAUUCCAAGUUCCCGAGAAGUGCAACUGAGGCAAGGCGAAAACACCCCCAAAACAAAGUCGUAGCUUCAAGCAGUGACAAAUUGCAUCAGAAGGACUUGAAAGAAUCACGAGCAGAAGAUGAGGCAAAUAGAAAAGGUAAAAAUUUGGAACAUCCACGCUUGAAAAACUCGGAAUCCUUGGAAAACAAUGAACCCGAAAAAUAUGAAAAAUCGUAUGAAAAUUUAAAUGAAAAGGAUGAUAACGGUGCAGAAAAUGAAGAAAAAGAGGAGCCCUAUGUCGAAGAAAAUGAAUUCCAGGAAACAAAUGAUGACAGUCUGAAAGUAGAAAAAGAACAAGAAUUUGAAGAUAAUGAAGAAGUCGAUCGGUUACCAAAAAAACCUGAAGAACAAGAGGAACGAGCAAAAGGAAAAGAGACAAUUGUAUCCAAUGCAGGUAGAAAAUCGUCACAAAAAGAUGCAGUUGAAGAAACAAACGGAGAAGAAGAACGCAAACAAUUCGAAGAUGACCUGACGUCUGAAGAUCCUCUUGAACCCGAAACAAAGGAUAGAGAAUUUCAAAACCCCUCCAAAAAUAGUAAUAACCACAAACCCCAAGAACCAGAAGAAUAUGACCACGAAACAUUGAAAAAUGACGAAAAGGCACAAGAGCUUGAACCCGAGAAUCUAAAAACUAAGGAGGAAACAGAACGUAAAGCAAUCGUAUGGAAAUCGAGGAACAGAGCUCGAUCAGAGGUCCAAAAAAUAGAUAAAAACGACGCAGAAGAAGAUGAACUAGAAAAGCCUCUAUAUGCUGGAACACGCCUUCGAAUAAACUCGGACGCACAAAACAGACCCCAAUCCGAAGAUCAAAGAGCAGACGAAAUCGACGCAAAAGAAAAGAAACAAAGUAAUUCAGAAGACCAAAAUGUCGUGAAGGAUCGCGCAUCAAAUAAUCAAUUAAACGGUACUCAGACAACCAAAAAAUUAUCGAACAGUUUCCAGGUGGUUGAAACAAAACGUUUUCAUCCUGAUGAACAAAAAGAAGUUUUGGACAAAGAACCCGAAGAAAAUGAGCAGAAAGACGUUAGGAGAGAAGACCAGAACAGUGAGAUGUCAAAGCCUGAGCAUCCGAAACUACCUCAGGACGACCAGGCAAGUGAUUCGCCAAUACGUGUACUGAAAAGAAACAUGAUGAUUGCAACUGGAAAAGCUGAUAGAUCAUGGAGAGGCGACAUAGAAGAAAACGAAAAUCCUACAAAUAAAUUCCUUGGAAUAAGAAACGACACACUUCGCUCAGAUAAAAUCAAAAACGAAGACAACGAAGAAGAUGAACCGACAGACGUACUCCAACGCGAAGCUCAACCAUAUUCGAAUCCACGUAAUAAUUCCGGAUCUGAAAAUCAAAUCAAAACACACACGGGAUUGAGACAAGGGCAACGGAGUGCAUUAUUUCAAAAUGAUUCGAUCACUACAGAUUCUAAUUAUAAAAACAAAACUGAUCACAUCAAUGGCCUACGCCCACUUUUGUCAAAUAAAUCGAAUUCUUCCGUCCUCGGCACAAUUGGACGGAAUUCUUCACUGCUUCCCGCUAAAGCGGAAGGAAUGAACAGCAUGAAAUCUGACCACGAUCAAAAGUUCUCCGCAGAAAAUUCGACCUUGGUGAAUUCACCUCGAUCCAAUCCCGCAAAAGAUACCGAAGACUUCACUUCCAUUUUUCUUACCUUCAUACAAAACGAACACAGCAGCACCACGUCACAAACGAAGUCGUCAUUCACGGACCGAUAA